AUGGACACCACACCUCCUUCCCGGGCCGUCACUGUCCAUUCUGCCCCCGUUUUCCCCAGCCCCCCAUUUACGGCUUCGGCUGCCAUUGGUCAUUCAGCAGGCGGCACCUCUGACCCCGAAGCGAUGGACACCACACCUCCUUCCUGGGCCGUCAUUGUCCAGUCUGCCCCGUCUCCAAGUAGAACCACUACCCAUUUCACACCGCUGUUCCAAGUUCUGGGAACACACCACCCAGUGGUAGCAAUGCCUCAGCCCGUGCCUCGACUCAGUUACCUGAAACGCCGGCCAAAAGAUAGACCAACCUUUCAAAGUUAUGACAGAAAGCUGAAACAGGAAAGAGAUGCAUCUAUCACACGGUUACUCAAGGUUUCUCUACUUGCAUUGCCAAGGAUCUUCAUAAGACUGGUAAUACUCACAUUUUCUGUUGGAAGGAGAAUCUUGGUACCAGGACCGCAGAAUGAAGAACUUGGAGUCCCCGUGGCUAAUCCAGCGGAGGGAAAAGGAGAAACACAGACGGGAGAGAAAAUAAAGGGAACCCUUGGUGCUGCUGCAGGCCCAAGUCCAGACUCGCAGGCUUUCUGGACCUCUGAGGAACAGAAGCACUUCACAGAACCUCUGCUACAGAACCAAAUAUAUUGA